GGGUCGCUCAGAGGAGCCAGGUCAUUCUCAGGGGCUCGUCGCCCGAAGACGUCGUGGCUGCUGCGUACAACGGAGGUGCUCCGGGGUCCGUCCUCUUCACUUUGGAUCAGUUCAGUCCAGUGUCGGGGUGUUUUUCCGAAACCAUCCUGCGCCUCGUUUCUUCCGCACAACAGUAUUCCAUCACGAUCCUCUGCCACAACUCGCUCCCGGCUUUUAUUUACAAGCCCCGCCUAAUGGGAAGAACCUGGAAGGCCAGCCUCGUUUGUUUUCCUUUUUAGCGGGGUGAAGCCUUCUCGCCAACGCGGCGGAGCGGGCGGGGCCCACGGGAGCCCUUCCGAGCGACGCGGAGGCUAGGUACCAGCGAGCUGGCUCGGCUCCUGGGGAGCUCCGCGGCGGAGGCUCUGCGGAGGGUGAGGAGGGGGGGGGGGUCCCCGCGGCGCAGCCCGUCUUCCUGCUCCGCUCGGCCGCAGUCCGCCCCGAGUCUGGGCUCCGGGGCAGGGCUGGGGGGUGCGAGGAGCCGGCGCAAGGUGCGGGGUACCGGGCGCAGGGGCCGAGGACGCCCGCCCCACCGCGCCGGCAAAGGGGGCUGAGCGGCCGGCGGCCCCGGAGCCGUCCCUCCGAUGGCGAUGGCGAGGCUCCGGGAUUACUGGCCGCUGCUGACCGCGCGACUGACCGGCGCUGUCCGGGCUCUGCUCUUCUGGACCCUGGUGUAUGGCUAUUGCGGGCUCUGCGCCUCCAUUCACCUGCUGAAACUUUUGUGGAGCAUCGGGAGGGGACCCGGCCAGACCUUCCAGCGGCUCGUGAGGGAGAACCCCCCAGCCUGCUUGAACGACCCCUCCUUGGGAACCCACUGCUACGUGCGGAUUAAGGAUUCAGGGCUAAGGUUUCAUUAUGUAGCUGCCGGAGAGAGGGGCAAGCCGCUUCUGCUGCUGUUACACGGCUUUCCUGAGUUCUGGUACUCUUGGCGCUAUCAAUUACGGGAAUUUAAAAGUGAAUAUCGAGUCGUAGCUUUGGAUUUGAGAGGCUAUGGAGAAACAGAUGCUCCUUCUCAUCAAGAGAGUUAUAAAUUGGACUGCAUUGUUGUGGACAUAAAAGAUAUUUUAGACUCUUUAGGUUAUAGUAAGUGUGUUCUGAUUGGCCAUGACUGGGGAGGGAUGAUUGCCUGGCUCAUUGCCAUCUGUUACCCAGAACUGGUGACCAAGCUUGUUGUGAUUAAUUUUCCUCAUCCGAAUGUAUUCACAGAAUACAUCUUCAGGCACCCUUCACAGCUGAUCAAAUCUGGUUACUACUUCUUCUUUCAAAUGCCAUGGUUCCCAGAAUUCAUGUUCACCAUAAAUGACUUCAAGGCUCUGAAACAUUUAUUUACCAGCCAGAGGACUGGCAUUGGAAAGAAAGGGUGCAAAUUAACCCUAGAAGAUCUUGAAGCUUACGUUUAUGUCUUUUCUCAACCUGGAGCACUGACAGGCCCAAUUAACCAUUUCCGAAAUAUCUUCAGCUGCCUGCCACUCAAGUAUCAUAAGGUGACCACUCCAACAUUACUCUUAUGGGGAGAAAGAGAUGCAUUCAUGGAUGUGGAGAUGGCUGAAGUCACACGGAUUUACGUCAAGAGCCAUUUUAGGCUAACAAUUUUGUCCGAAGCCAGCCACUGGCUUCAACAAGAUCAACCUGAUAUAGUAAAUAAAUUAAUAUGGACAUUUCUCAAAGAAAAUAUGAGGAAAAAUGAGUAAUUUUAAGGACAAGUGAAAAGCCCAUAACAGCCAAAAAAAUGAUGUGAGAGGAGCUGACUUUUUUAGCAUUCUGUUUAGGCUUUGUUAAGAAAGACACUGUUUUCAUUGUACUGUAUUGUGACUAAGUUGACACGCAGUUGUUUCAC